GCUGCUUGUGUGCGCACACACGUACAUCAGAGCACCGCGAGCCAUGAGAACUGGCGGGAGCGAUCCAACUUUCCCUGCGAGAGAGAAGUGGGCAAAAUAAGAUCCGGUGGGUGUAACCAGUACGCCACCUAGCUGCGGAGACGCUCCGGCGGAGAACCCCGUCGACUGGACCGAUUAUGAAAAACAACCCGCGCCGACGCCGUAGCACGGAGGGGCUGCGCGCUCUGCUGGGAAUCCAACUCGCCUCUCGGGGGGUGUUUUUAACCUCCGCCGGCCCUGGUUAUGUAAUCGGAGCCACAAUCUAAUGCACCAGAGGCGGCGGAUCGCUCGCUGUCGGAGCCGAUAGGAGAGGAGAGCAGGACAGCAACACAGCAACACCUUCUGCUCCUUUUCGCCUUGAACGCAGUUGGCGCUGGGACGCGCUCUCUGGCUCAAGUCUGCAGGACAAGGGAGAGACCUUCCUUCGCUGGAUGACGGCACUAAACUGCACUCGGACAGUUACCGGAUCUGUUUGGCUAACCUUUCUGCUCUACACCUGCACUCUGCUCGUAACCUUUGACCCCGACAGUCCCCCCGGACUCAUUUGGAGGUGUUAUACUGGGAACUUCGGAGCACACUGCCUCUCCCCCUGACUUCUCUGAUGGACCAGAGAGUGAAAGGGGGGACCCCUCCAACCGCCGCCUCCGCUUUGGACUCCACCUCCGCGCCUGAAGACUCUAAGCAGGACCAAGAGGCGGAGAAAAAGAGGAGAGGUGAGGGGGAGAGUGGCAAUGUGGGAAAAAAAGAGGAGGAGAAAAGAGGAGCAGGAGGAAAAAGGGAAGGAGACAAGGGAGCAGUGCUGGAGCUGCUCAUCGAGGGGCGCUGUGGAGGGCAGCAGGAGCUCCAGCUCUCUGGCAGGGAGUCGAACUGCCCCGAGGGGAACGUUCGGGUCCGGAUCGGACUGCAGGCCAAGCGCACCAAAAAGCCGCCCAAGAUUUUGGAGAGCUACGUGUGCAAGCCCACCAUCAGGACGUAUCAGAGACAAGGCAGGGGGGCUCCGCUGAGGGUGGACGGAGAGGGAAGAGCGGUCCAGGAGAACAAAGGCGUACCGGCCACAGACGGGCCAAACAGAGACCAGCGCUCAGACUUGGACGCCAUCCAGGCCACAUCCAAAAAAGCUGCAUCUGCUGCUUCGCUGCCGCUUGCAAAGUCGUCGUCGUCAUCAGAGCCCCUGUCGUUAUCCUCGACGUCGUCUUCAGGGUCUACCCCUGCUUCAGCCCCCAGCAUAUCCAGCCAAGGGGCCAAGACUGGCAAACAGGUUCCCAUCAAGCUGGCCGAUAAGGCAGACGAGAAUUCAAAUGGCUCGUUAGAGAGAGUGAAGAAAGACAAGCUUCCAAGUGUCAACGGACAGUCCGUCCCUGCAGGACAUAAACCCUGCUCUCCCGCAACAGACCAGACAGCUUCGAGUGCUCCGUCCGCACCGAGCAAGCAGACAGUCUCCACUUCAGAAACCAGGAAUGAAGGGAGCAGCUCCAAGAAACACAAUGAUUCGGUUCAGACAGCAAAACCGAAGGAACUAUCGAAUGGGAGGAGCUCUGCAAAUAUCCUUGGCACUUCAUCCUCAUCAAAACACAAAGCUGGAAAACACAGUGGUUCCUCUUCUGCUUCUUCCACAGACUCCACAGCGAGGCCGCUGGUGUCUUCUGGCUCCCAUAAAGAGCUUUCCAGUAAGACUAAGCCGGACUCUCCUUCCUGUCACCAGGCCACCCCCAAAUCACAGUCUUCCCCCUCUGUGGAGACUUCCUCUGCCCAGUCAGAGGGUUGCAAUCCCUCUCCACAGCCCCUGAUAGAGAGCAAGAGAGAGAAAGAGAAGAAGGCCAAGAAGGAGAAACGGAGAGAUAAAAAAUCAAAGAGAGAUAGAUCAGAGGCAGAGAGAGAAAAAAGCGAGAAAAGAAAGAAUGAGGAUAAGAAAAAGAGGAAGGAAAAGGAUGGGAAAUUAAGACAUGACAAAGAAAAGGAUCAUAAACACAGAACCGAUGAGUUACGGAGAGAUAACCUAAGGAAUGAGACAGGAAAGGGAGAUAAGCUAAGCCCCGAUAGGCUGACGACAGAAGAUAAUAAUACAAAAUGUGGCGAUGCAGUUGGGACUUCUAAAUUAGAUAAAAGCUGCAAAAAAGUGCCUCCGGUCAGACAAGAGGAGAAAGAAAAGACAGUUGACAGUUGUAGGCUUGCCAAGCAGUGCGAGCCUGCAACAACAGGUGAUCCCUGUAAAUCAAAAGAACAAGACGUCUCCAGACAUCCAGCAGUACCUCCGCCCCUCUCCGUGUCCUCUGCUCCUCCCCCACUGCCCCCAUCUUCCUGCCACAUUCCCGUUUCCCCCCCCUCUUCGCCCCGCGAGCAAGACAGCCGACCGCUCAAGAAACGCAAAGCCAGGAGGCCCAGCUGGACCAGGCUGGUACACCGCGCACACAGAGCAGAAAAUCCGGACGCCUCCUUGGAUUCCCUGCAUAAUCCAUCGCUGAGUUUCCUCCAGAUCACCAAGACGUCGUUCCCUGCCAAAACCGUUGUUCAGCAGAGCGAUGAGUCACCGUCGGCGCCCUCGAGCUCCUUAUCCAGCUGCUCCUCCCUAAUGUCUUCAGCAGCCCCGAAACAAACUCACCCCAUGUCCGAUUCAGUUCGAAAGAGGGGCCGGCCCAAAAGCCACAGCUCCAGCUUGGACGAGCCUCCUCCUCGACUCUCACCAAACGAUAUUUCCACGGAGGAACCCUCUUUAGGGUGUGACAGAGCUAAGAAAGCCCCGGUGCUGGUGCCGAUACUGCAGCCCAACUCCAGCCCCAAGAAGCGAGGACGCCCGCCCAAACGACCACUCCCAGAGGACCAGGGCGAAGAUGCGCUCGACCCUCCAUACCGCGAGGAAAGGAGCGAAGACUUUCCUCCUCCUGAACGGGGGAACCGGCAGCUAAAGAUCCGGAGACUGAUUAACGAGAUGAAGAGAAGGAAGAAGAGGAGACUUCACAAAGUAAUAAUGUCCGGCUAUGUGGGGAAGGAGGGACGAGGAGGCGAGGCAGCAAAUGGUAAAACCUCGCUGAGAAUGUGCAAAUCGAUCGAGGCUACAACAGUUCACACGCUUUCGGCCCUGUCCUCCUCAUUUGGGAGCAAGCUGGGCCCUCAGAUCAAUGUGAGCAAAAGGGGGACCAUUUACAUGGGCAAGAGGCGAGGACGCAAGCCUAAGGCCCAGUCAGUGAACCUAAACUCCAGCUCCCAGGGCGCCAAUAAGUCCUCUUUGUUUACCAGUCCCCCUGAAGCAUCUCUUUUCUUGUCUAACCAGCCACAGCCUCCUCCAUCGCACCCGUUUCCUUCCCCGUCUCUUACCCACUCUAGUGGAGCCCAGAGUCCUUACAGCGAAGGCAGCCUCACAGAACCCACAUCCUCCCUCCUAUUUUCCCACCAUUUCUCCCUCCCGUCCCCGUCCUCCUCCUGUACCUCCCCGCGUCCUCCUUCCUCCUUGUCCCUCUCUCCCUUUGUGAAGAAGAGCUGUCCCUGUCAGGGGAGACAUCAGUUCCCCUUCCACCAGUCUUCAUGUAAGCUCUCGGGUGCCACCCCUGCGAUGCAUCACAUACCGGGCUCUCCGAGCCACCACAAGGAGGCCACCCCCUCCCCGAGGAGCGAGUCACACAGCGAAGAGACGCUGCCCAGCGACAGCGGGAUCGGGACGGAUAACAACAGCGUCUCCGAGCGAGGGGAGAUGAGGGGAGCCCGGGGAAUACUGAGGCUGGGUCAGGGCUCGGGGGUGAUUCUAGGGGGCCAAAGGCUCCCUCCAUCUCUUGUGGACUGCCCCUCUCCGGUCUCGUCGCCCCUCUCUCAUGCGCCCAGACACUCAAACACCACGGGCAGCUCAAACGCAGCCGAGCGGCACAGAGACCGGCACCGACACAGGCGCAGGGACUACGACUGCCCCUCUUCCUGCGCCUGCCCCUGCACCUGCCCCGGACACAACAAGUGCACUCACUCAGACUAUUACUCCUGCCUGGGACACGGCGCGCUGAAGAGGCAGAAGAACAAGCAUAAGAAGAAGCACCAGCAGAUGCACAUGCAGGACCCGGAGUUCCUAGCUGAACUGGACGACCUGAUCAGUCAGUUCAACGAGGUCCACAUCGGACGACGGAGCUGGGCGAGGGCGGGGCUCCGGCAGGGCUUUGACGGCGGGAGGCAGCACCACUCCUCCUCUCACUCCCACCGCUCCAACAUCUUCCGGAUCAAUCUGAACGGCUUCUACUCGCCACACCCUUCGUCCUUCCCGGCGGCUCCGUCCUUCACCCCUCAGCCCUUUUACCCCUGCCACUGCAACAGGAAGCUGGACCGCCGGCAGUGCGGCUGCCCCUCAAAGUUCCAGGAAACGAUGGAAAACGUGGGCUUUUACGGCAGCUACCCACCGGCGCCGCCGUCGCUCUACCACCACCUCCCCAGCUCCUUCCCGCUUCCACCCCCUCACCAGUACGCCCCCCACCAGCCCCACCACGCUCACUUCCUCCUCAACCCGGCCAGAUUCCACAGGCGCAGGAGCAGGUUGCUCAGAGAGGGAGCUUUAGGAGGAGAGGUGGAGGGAGAUUUAGGGGCUAGCAGCAGAGGAGCGGGCUCCGGGUUUGUGUCCGGCCUCUCCUGUGGCUGGGGGAGGAGUGAACAGAAACACAAGCACCGGCACCGGCACUGUGAGCGAAACAUGGACACCGAAGAGGAGUUACAGGACGAGGAGGAGGAAGAGGGAAUGCAUAGGGAGCUGUUGGGCAGAUCGAAGACGCAGUCGGGGUUCAUCUUCGGGCAGGUAGAGGGGAGGGGGAAAGGUGUAAAGGGACUGGGAAGCGUUCUGUCUAAAGACUCACCCUGGUUACGUCAAAAUGGAAGCAUUCCCUUCUCCGCCGCCUCCUCGUCUUCGUCGUCGUCAGCAGAGAGGUACAAAAACACAUCCCUCACCUCUUCGGGGCUUGGCUCCACUCACCUGUCUUCCUUCGGAGGAGGCUGGGGGGGCUUGGGCCAGAGCUGGGCAACCUUCGGGAGUCUCGCCAGCCCGGGGUUUGGGACCCUAAACUCCGGCUGGAGAGGCUUCUCCGGGGAGAAGCGCGCGGGCAGACUGGAGGCCUCAGAAGGAGAGGACGAGGACGGCGAAGACAACGUGGACGAGUCGCGCCUUUAUUCUCCGAAACACACCAACCUGUUCGCUUCUGCCGCCAUGUCGGCGGCGGGGAGGGGCCUGAGGAGCGGACUGGCCAGCAGGAACCCUGGAAGGGGAGAAAAGUCGUGGAGGAGGGAGGAGCCAGCGUGGAGGGAAGCAGGUUUGCAAGGUGACUCGCGGAACUGGGGCCAGCGGAGGAGCGCGCCGGCUCCCGACUGCGCUGCGGUGAAAAACAAAAGAGGGCCGGGACGUCCCAGGAAGCACCCGCUGCCGUCCGCGGCGUCCUCCCCCACGCGCUCGUCGCAUGCCACGCCGUCCAUGUCGCCCGGUGACCUGGUGCCAGAAGCGGGAGGGGAGGCGGAUGGAGCGGUGCCCGAGAAAAGAGGAGGAGGAGGAGGCAACACGGGGCUGCAUGUCAUGGAUCUGGACUCGCAGGCCUCGAGGAAGAGGGGGCGGAAGAGAAAGCACGGCGACUCUCCGCGCCACCCGAGUUUUGCCAAGGACGUCCCUGAAUGUGACACGCACUCCGAGUUCCUCUGCCAGUCGGACGUCGACGAGGCGCCGCCCGUGCCAGUCGCCCCUCACAGGGAGGAGCGCCGCGACGGUUCUCCCGCGAAGAGUUACCUGAGCGCGGGCCUCUACUCUGAUGACUAUAAAACCACAGAUCCUCCCUUCCAAGCCCAGAAGAACUGCAGUGAGAGUUUGGAGUACACACCGGGGGAGCACGAGUACAGCCUUUUACCUGCUCCCAUACACGUUGGAAAGUACUUGAGGCUGAAGAGAAUUCACUUCCAGCUGCCGUAUGAUGUGAUGUGGCAGUGGCAACACAACCAGCUUCAGCGUCAGCCUGCUGUCCCCCUGAAAAGGAAGCGGCGUUACUGUCGUCUGAAGCAGAGGACUCCAUCUUCCCAGCAACUAGCGGAGGAGAGCUCCAGAGACAUCACCAGCCUGUUCCCUCACCUCGACAUGGAGCCUCUGACCCGCAGUGAGAGGAGCUUUGUGGUGAAACACAACGUGUUCCUCGUCAGGAACUGGGAGCUGGUGAGAGACCGACAGAUCCGGAUGAGGAUAGAGAGGGGGAGAGACGGGGGCGAGGAGGGAGAGGACUCGCAGGUCAUGUCCUGCGACGGCGCCAGUGGGGACGACAGCCACAUCAAGUCAGAUCACUCAGUGGGGGUGGAGGUGACGGUUAUCAGCAGCAGUGACCCCCACCACCAAAGUCAGGACACCUCCAGCUCGCUCACUGCCAGCCCCAGCCCCACCAACAGACGGAGCGGACAAGAGGAGGAGGAGGAGGAGGAGGAAGAGGAGGAGGAGGAGGAAGAAACAAAACGAGGGGAAAGAGAGGUCUGCAGCAGAGAACAGAGGAGGAAACGGCUGAAUGAUUUACUUUUGACCCUGCAGCAUUCAUAAACGAACAAAAAGAGAGAGAGAGGGAGGAGCUACUCCAAAAAAGGGACCAGCCCCUGCAGCGAACAGAUGGACUAAAACUGAUGUCACUGCGCCGACUAAAAAGAGAGAAAGAAGACGACCGGGAGGGUUAUAAAAAAAAUAAAAUAAAUAAAUAAAGGUAUCCGUGGCUGAAAAUUCAAGAACAACGGCGAUACACGAGCGUGCCGAACUUUGCGCUCCGAAGGGCAUCCCACCAAGGAUGAAACUAUGGCAACUAUUGUCUGAGCAGCGCGAGAUGAAAGAGACAAGAGACACACUGACAUGGAUGAAGGAAGGAAGGAGAAAAAAAAAAAAAUAAAUAAAACAGAGAGAAAAGACCAGCUGAAAUGAAUUUGCACUAGUGCUGGAUGAACAAGCACACUAAAGACUGUAUGUAUGCUGAGUGGACACACUUUAAAACAAAAAAAACAAAAACAAAAUCAAACACAUAUACAAUUUGAAUGCUCUCACUUUGGCACCUUAAGCAAAAAAAAAAAAAAAAAACCUAAAAGGACGAGCGUUGCACGGGAGGUUGAAAGCGGGGACACGUACAGCGCGAUACUCUACAUUUUCGGCUCUCUAGUUUCCAAGAGACGAGGAGCUCAUAAGC